UCUAGAGGCACAAUAAUUAACGCAACCCUCUGGGGAGAUCUUGCAUAUUGUGUUGAUGAUGAUAUUAUAGGACUAAAAAGCAAACCAAUCAUUAUUUUGGCUGCUAUGACAGUUGGAGAAUACCAAGGACAACCAUCUGUUGCUUCAUGCUCUGCAUCCAAAAUUUAUGUUGACUUAAAUAUUCCAAUUGUGGCAGACAUGAAAGCUAGAUUCGAUGAAAAAAAUGCACCAGUAUUACUGCUUGAUGUCCGCCAACGACCACAAAUACCACCUGAUCAACAAGAAAAUCAUAAUCGUGUGACGAUUAAGCAAUUGCUGCAAAUUGAUCACUCCAAAACACAAAUAGAGACAUACACUUGCAUUGCAAAAAUCAAAGAAUUUGAUUGCACAGAAGGAUGGUAUUACAUCGGUUGCAAAAUAUGCAUGAAAACAUUGCAACAAAUAAGUGAUACUUUUUGGUGUCCAGAUGCAAAACAUGGAGAACAACUGCCUCAUUUAUGCUACAAAUUAAUCAUCACUGUUGAAGACAAUACUGGAAACGCAACAUUUGUGGUAUUUGGUGAUGAUGGUGAAAAAGUCGUUGGUGCAUCAAUUCCUAAACUUGCAUUGCUAAACCACUUAGACAAAUAUAUCCUUCCUGAACCAAUCACCAAACUCAUUGAUCAAGAAAAGCUAUUUAGCAUAAGCUUGGUCACAAAAUCAUUGAACACUGGAAAUCUUACCUUCAGAAUCAAUAGUUGCAAAGCUGUUAAUGAAGCCCAUAAACCAACAAUGAUGCUUGGACAAUCAUCUACCUGUGAAUCUACUUUACAUUUGAAUAAAAAAAAGAGCAACCUCGAAGUCCAAGAAUGCCCUCCUUCCUCACCAAAAAACCAAAUACAGCAAGACCUUUUUCCUGAAGAAUCUCCAAUCAAAAAAGUCAAAUUGAGUGCUGAACAGAAACAAGAUAAACAUGGCUGAAAAUCUAUAAUCACUGCUGUAACAUAAGUUUUUGUUGCUUUAUAAACACCAUCUUACUUCUCUGAUGUUGUCCAAAAAUUGACGCUGCAUAUUUUGAAAGAAUUUGUACUGAUCAAACUUUGUCCUUUUUUUGGACAACAAAAUGUUCAGUUGUUCAUCACUGAACAUAAAACAACUUUUAUAUAUUUUGUAAUGUAUGAUAUUAUUAUAGUAAA